AUGGCUAAUUUUUUGGUGUUUGUUGCUAUGGCUGGUACUGAACCGAAGACUGAAACAAAUGUUCCUCCUACUAUUACACCUACGCCGCCGGCUCCAAUGACUGGUACUGAACCAAAGACCGAAACUGAUGUUCCUCUUACUGAUACACCUAAGUCACAGGCUUCUGUGGGUGGUACUGAACUGAAGGCCGAAAUUGCUGUUUCUCCUACUCAAUCACCCAAGUCAGCAGUCAUUGCUACAGAACAGAUAAAAACAGUCAAUGUGACUAAUGUCUCAAAAGAUGUCACCGAGAAGGAUAUCUGGGAAUUCUUCUCCUUUUCUGGCAAUAUCCAUUACAUUGAAUUGAAAAGCGAAAGUGAAAAAACGCAGCACGCAUUUGUCACCUUCAAGGAAUCACAGGGAGCAAAUACAGCAGUUCUUUUGACGGGAGCCACAAUUGGUGAGCUACCAGUUUCAGUAAGCCAUGUUGAGAAUUACAAGCUGCCUCCAGAGGCUCCUCCUCUAACACAGCCAGGGUCACCAGGUACAAAUGCAGAUAGGAAACAUGAAGUCGCACAAAAGGCCGAGGAAGUUGUAAGCACCAUGCUUGCGAAGGGUUAUGUUCUGGGAAAAGAUGCCUUACAAAGGGCCAAGUCAUUCGACGAAAAACACCAAUUCACAUCCAAUGCCUCUGCUAAGGUUGCUUCCCUUGACCGUAAAAUGGGUUUAACCCAGAAGAUAAGCACAGGAACGGCUGUUGUUAAUGAAAAGAUGAAAGAAGUGAAUGAACGUUACCAAGUUACUGAAGCAACAAAAUCGGCCAUUGCUAAAGCUGAGCAGAAGGCAAACAGUGCCGGUUCGGCACUCAUGAGCAAUCGGUAUGUAUCUAGUGGAGCUACGUGGGUUUCAGGUGCUUUUUAUGCAAUUGCAAAAGCAGCUGGAGGCGUGGGCUCAAAGACUAAAGAAAAGGUUCAGGAAGCUGAGAAGGAAAAGGAGGGGUCAGCAACUAAAGAGAAGGUUCAAGAGGCUGACAAGGAAAAGGGAGGGUCAGAGACUAAAGAAAAUGUCCAAGCUGAAGAGAAAAAGGAUUCGUUAGAGACCGAAGAGAAGGUUCAGAAAGCUGAAGUGGAAAAGGAUGGGUUGAAGACUGAAGAGAAGGUUUGCAAAGCUGAAGAGGAAAAGGACGGGUCGAAGACUACAGAGAAGGUUCAUGUUGAUGAAUCUUCAAAUACAGAUUCUUCCGUCGUACCUGUCAAAACAUCUGAUGACAAAAACAAUCUUCCAAUUCAGUGAAGAUCCAUUUUAUUGUCUGUAAUAUAGAAUAUGACUAGUUACAAAUGUAAGUACACGUAUUAUAC